GAAUAAGUAUACAUUUUUAGUCUUGACAUUGCUUAUCACACUAUGGCAUCUACCAGAGAAAAGAGAGCAAAUGCUGGGAAUCGCAUGGCCUUGUUGUUGGAAAAUGAAGAUGCUGAUGAUUUCUACAGCAGCGCUUAUGGAGGAUUUCAAGAAGAAGAGGAUGAUCAUGAAUUCUCUGGUGAUGAAGAAUCAGAGAGUGAGGAUACUGAUUCUGAUAUAUCAAUUGAUGAAAAUGAUGAACCAGUGUCUGAUGAGGAUGAUGAUCAAAAUACCACAAAACGGAAACGUCGAGUUGUGACUAAAGCCUAUAAGGAGCCUACAAAACCAAAAAUAAAAAAAGAAGUUAAAAAAUCACCUCUGAAAAAAGCAUCUUUUAUAUCUGUUGCAAAUAUCGAAAAGAAACGUAUGCGUGAGUCUACAACAAAGAAAUCUUUAGAAGUUCGUCAGAGACAAGAAGCAGUGGGUUCAUCGAAAACUCAAGAUCAUCAAAAAAAGAAACAGGCACAAAGCCAUGCUAUGACUCAAGAGCAGUUACUGGAAGAAGCUUCAAUCACAGAAUUGAAAAAUCUUAAAUCUCUUGAAAUGUUCCAAAGACUGGAAUUGGAAAAGAAGAAAACAAAAUUAACCAAACAAACAAACACUGGUCCUUUUAUUCGGUAUCAUUCUGUAACAAUGCCUGUUAUUGAAGUAGAAUCUGAAAAUGGUGUUGAAAAGAACAAAGUAACUGGUAAAUGCACAAGGAACUUUGUGACCUUCCCCGACCUGCAAACGAUGAAGCGGAACUUCAAUUUUGAAAAGCCCAAGCCAGUUGAAAGAAGUACAUGCAUUGUGACCAGGCUUCCAGCAAGAUAUUUCGAUCCUCUCACAAAGCACCCGUCUGCAAAUCUCACUGCAUUCCGCAUCAUACGUGAAGCUUACUAUACUCAACUGGAGAAGAAGGUCGAUCCUAGGCUCCCCCAUGUAACAAAAUGGCUGGAAUGGAGGAAACAAAUGCGGGCUGCUAAACAAAAUCUCAAAGCUUUGAAAGGACAGUGACCAUGCAUCACCAGGGUGCUCUGUAAACGCUUCCCUUAAUCUGUCUUUAAUGAAGUUGGUUGGUUCCUGUUCGAUUUCUAUUGCCGUAUGGCAGAAGUUUGAUAUUUUAGCAGCUGUGAAUGUUCCUUAAUUUUCAGUCUGUGCGAUAAAAGUUAAAAAAUAUAUAUAAUUUGAAAAGAGGUAUUUCCCUUCAUACAGAAUUCUAUUUUUAUGCGAUACCUCGGAAUAAAUGAUUCUGAGUGAAACAGAAGCGAGUGAACUUUAAAAAUAAAUAAAAAAAAACUUCUGAAAAGUCUGAAUAAUGACAAGAAUUUAACUUGCAAAAGUUUGGAACACUCUCUAUUAGGAGACAACUAUUCUAUUGCUUAGAGAAUAUUUUGUAUGUUUUAAUUUUCCAAUGAAGAGCAAUUCAUUAUAAAAAGACUUCAUUGUAAAAAGACUGUAUAUACUUUAAAAUUACCAAACCUGCUUAAUUGCUGGAUGAAACAGAGAAUAAUUGAAACAUGAUUGCAGUUAAACAGACAGAACCGUGCAUAAGGGAUGUUUCUAAUUUUGAUUCACUUUUCCUCUGAUUGAAAUAUUAAUUUGUGACUUUCAAUGUGUAAACUUUUUCUCGUUUUUAUUUUUGAUAUGAAUUCUAAAAACAUGUAUGUGUAGUUUCUAUAUACACCCAAAAAGCAGGAAGUGCACUGUUGCAAGAAAAUAGAUUAAUAAACAAACCUCUUGUGAGUUUAAGAAUCUUCUUGUAUUUGGUCAGUACCACUCAAAUGCAUAUGAUCAGGGGAAAAAACAUUUUUUGUCACUUGUAGAAAUGCUUGUUCACAUUGUAAAAGUAAAGGGGGGGAAACGUUUGUACUAUUAAGGGUUUCUUGCUUGUUUAUUUUGUUUACCAAAGGAAGCAUUUUGAGUUGUUUAUAAAGUUAUGUAUAAUCUAUGUUUGCUCGUUGUGAUUGAUUUCAUUCUGAAACCAUACUUCUAUCAUCAGUGCACAUUGUUUGAGAGUCCUCAUUUUAGGCAUUGUUAUGGCAACCACUGCUGCUUGAUAUUUUUUUAGAAUUCUUUUUUUGAGAUAUGGGACCGGAAAGAAUUUAUGAAAAACUUCUCGAGUUCUGAAUUAAAGAGAAUUUCAUCAUUUGAACUAUGCUUAAGAGUAAACAGUGCACAUGUGUCGUCAUUGUAUGCAUUGCUAUGGCUACUGCUGCACACUAUUUACUCUUGAACAUAAAUUAUCAAACAGAAGCGGUCGCCAUCGCAACUCAUACAAUGACGACGCAUGCGCAUUGUUUACCCUUGAACACACAUGACCUUAUAAAAGAAGCAUUUUGUAUGUCACAUUUAAAAAUAUAUUGUGAAAAUAAAUGGCAUUUCUUUGAUUUAUUCUUUGUUAACAAUUUGUAUUAAAAAGUAUUUAAUUAUUU